AUGUCCCAGCACCUGCUUCUCCCACUUGCCAUCCUUGCCAUAAGCCCCAUCCCAGGAGCCUUCCAGGACUCAGCUCUCAGUCCUACCCAAGAAGAACCUGAAGAUCUGGACUGCGGUCGCCCUGAGCCCUCUGCCCGAAUCAUGGGGGGCUCAGACUCGCAGCCGGGCACCUGGCCGUGGCAGGUGAGCCUGCAUCAGGGCGGGGGCCACAUCUGCGGGGGCUCCCUCAUCGCCCCCUCCUGGGUCCUCUCGGCCGCUCACUGUUUCGUGACGAAUGGGACCUUGGAGCCCGCGGCCGAGUGGUCGGUAGUGCUGGGCGUGCACUCCUAUGACGGACCCCUGGACGGCGCGCACGUCCGCUCGGUGGCCGCCAUCCUGGUACCGGACAACUACAGCGGCGUGGAAAGUGGUGCCGACGUGGCCCUGCUGCGCCUGGCCUCUCCCGCCAGGCUGGGCCCCACCGUGCGGCCCGUCUGCCUGCCCCGCGCCUCGCACCGCUUCGCUCACGGCACCGCCUGCUGGGCCACGGGCUGGGGGGACGUCCAGGAGGCCGACCCCCUGCCUCUCCCCUGGGUGCUACAAGAAGUGGAGCUAAGGGUGCUGGGAGAAGCUGCCUGUCAGUGUCUCUACAGCCGGCCUGGUCCCUUCAAUCUCACUUUCCAGCUAUUGCCAGGGAUGCUGUGUGCUGGCUACCCAGAGGGCCGCAAGGACACCUGCCAGGGAGACUCUGGGGGGCCCCUGGUCUGCAAGGAAGGUGGCCGAUGGUUCCAGGCGGGAAUCACCAGCUUUGGCUUUGGCUGUGGACGGAGGAACCGCCCCGGAGUCUUCACUGCUGUGGCUCCCUAUGAGGCAUGGAUAAGGGAACAGGUGUUGGGCUCAGAGCCUGGCCCUGCCUUUCCCACCCAGUCCCCGGAGCUCCAGUCAGGUCUCCCCGAGCCCACGGAUGAGAACUGUACCAUCGCCCUGCCAGAGUGCGGGAAGGCCCCAAGGCCAGGGGCCUGGCCCUGGGAAGCCCAGGUGAUGGUCCCAGGAUCCAGACCCUGCUAUGGGGCACUGGUGUCUGAAAGCUGGGUCUUGGCACCUGCCAGCUGCUUUCCAGGCCGCAUCAGCUCAGACCUCCCACCCCGCGACCUGGACCACUGGCGCGUGAUGCUGCCCUCGCGCCCGCGCGCGGAGCGGGUGGCACGCCUCGUGCCGCACGAGAACGCCUCGUGGGACGACGCCUCGAACCUGGCGCUGCUGCAGCUGCGCGCGCCCGUGAACCUGAGCGUGGCCCCGCGGCCAGUGUGCCUACCCCACCCAGAACACUAUUUCCUGCCCGGGAGCCGCUGCCGCCUGGCUCGCUGGGGCCACACGGAACCAGUGCCCGGAGCCGGUUCGCUGCUUGAGGCGGAGCUGUUGGGCGCCUGGUGGUGUCAUUGCCUGUACGGCCGCCAGGGGGAGUCAGUGCCGCCACCGGGAGAGCCGCCUCUAGCUCUCUGCCCCGCCUACCAGGAGGAGGAGGUGGCGGGCCGCUGCUGGAACUACUCUCAUUGGAGCCUUCUAUGCCGGGAAGAGGGGACCUGGUUCCUGGCUGGAAUCAGAGACUUACCCAGUGACUGCCUGCGUCCCAGAGCCUUCUAUCCGCUGCAGACCCACGGCCCAUGGAUCAGCCAUGUGACUCGGGGAGCCUACCUGGAGGACCAGUUGUCCUGGGACUGGGGCCCUGAGGGGGAGGAGACUGAGACACAAACUUGUCCCCCUCACACAGAGCAUGGCGCCUGUGGACUGCGGCCAGAGCCGGCUCUGACGGGGGGCCUGUGGCCCUGGCUGGCAGAGGUGCAUGUAGCUGGAGAGCGAGUCUGCACUGGGAUCCUCGUGGCCCCAGGCUGGGUCCUGGCAGCCACUCACUGUAUUCUCAGGCUGGGCUCUACAACAGUGCCUUAUAUUGAAGUGUACCUGGGCCGGGCUGGGGCCAGCCCCCUCCCACAGAGUCACCAGGUAUCCCGGCUGGUCAUCAGCAUCCGCCUGCCCCGGCACCUGGGACUUCGGCCCCCCCUGGCCCUCCUGGAGCUGAGCUCCCGGGUGGAGCCCUCCCCAUCAGCCUUGCCCAUCUGCCUUCACCCAGGGGGUACUCCCCUGGGGGCCAGCUGCUGGGUGCUGGGCUGGAAGGACCCCCAGGACCGAGUCCCUGUGGCUGCUGCUGUCUCCAUCUUGACACCACGACUCUGUCACUGCCUCUAUCAGGGCAUUCUGCCCCCUGGAACUCUCUGUGUCCUGUAUGCAGAGGGGCAGGAGGACAGGUGUGAGGUGACCUCAGCACCUCCGCUCCUGUGCCAGACUGAGGAAGGCUCUUGGGUCCUCGUGGGCAUGGCUAUUCGAGGCAGCAGGGACCUAUUUGCCGCCAUCGGACCCGAAGAGACCUGGAUCUCCCAGACAGUGGGGGAGGCGCAUUUCCUGCCCCCCAGUGGCUUCCCCCACUGGCUCCCAGAAGGCGGUGACCUCUGUCCCCCUGACAUGGCCAGGGCCUCAGGUUCCCCUCGAGCUGCUCUCUUCCUGCUGCUACUGACCCUCCUGAUCCAGGGACGCCUGGAUCUUGCCUUUGAACCCCAGCCUGAGGUCCCUUCCUUUGGGUGCCUGGUGUCUUCCCAGGGCCCCUGGUCCUGGGUCAUGGCCCAGAGGGCAGGGCUGGGGCCUAGGUGGUUGGAGGCUCUGGCCACUCUGCUUUUGCUUGGAUUAUUCCGGAAUGAGAUGGGAGCCGUUGGGGCUGAAGCCUCCUGCGGCGUGGUCCACCAAGCACGUAUCACAGGUGGUAGCGAUUCAGCCCACGGCCAGUGGCCCUGGCAGGUCAGCAUCAGCUACAACGGCGCCCACGCGUGUGGCGGCUCUCUCCUGUCUGAGCAGUGGGUGCUGUCGGCUGCUCACUGCUUCCCAAGGGAGCACCGCACAGAGGACUACGAGGUAAAGCUGGGGGCCCACAAGCUGAACUACUACAGCUCUGACACCGAGGUCCGCACGGUGGCGCAGGUUAUUUCCCACCCCAGCUACCUCCAGGAGGGCUCCAUGGGUGACAUUGCGCUCCUCCAGCUCAAACGCUCUGUCACCUUCUCUCGCUACAUCCGGCCCAUCUGCCUCCCCGCAGCCAACGCCUCCUUCCCCAAUGGUCUCCAGUGCACUGUCACGGGAUGGGGCCACGUGGCCCCCUCAGUGAGCCUCCCGGCCCCCAAGACGCUGCAGCAACUUGAGGUGCCACUGAUCAGUCGCGAGACCUGUAACUGCCUGUACAAUAUCAACGCCAACCCCGAGGAGCCCCACUUUAUCCAGCAGGACAUGGUGUGUGCUGGCUAUGUGAAAGGGGGCAAGGACGCCUGCCAGGGUGACUCUGGGGGCCCACUCUCCUGCCCAGUGGGGGGCCGCUGGUACCUGGCAGGCAUCGUAAGUUGGGGUGAUGCCUGUGGGGCCCCCAACAGGCCUGGUGUGUAUACUCUGACCUCCAGCUAUGCCUCCUGGAUUCACCACAAAGUGGCAGAGCUCCAGCCUCAGGUGGUGCCCCAAAUCCAGGAGUCCCAGCCUGAUGGCAACCUCUGCAGCAACUACAGGGCCUUCAACCCUGCCCCAGCCCCAGGCUUGGUGGGACCCCUCCUUCUGCUGCCACUAGGCCUGACCCUGGGCCUCCUCCGCCCACAGCACGACCACUGAGCUACUCACCCUGGGAGCUGACUUGCUUCCGGGACCUCCACAUCACACCCGAGGGCACACGCCUGCUCCCAGGAUGCCUGACUUUGAGCCACUCCUUCCUCCCAGGACCCUGUGGGAGUUCAAAGCACCAUCCUGACCUUUGAGCCCACUCUUCUGGGUUGCUCUUUGGGACUGUAACCUCCAUCACAGGAGUUUACUGCCUAGGAGUCUACUGGCUAGAAACUCUGGUCACCUCCAUCUGCUGUCCACAAGCCUAUCGGUUGGGCUCCUGUGGAGCCCCCAAGGACCCUCGGCUAUGAAAGUGGGCCCCGGCUCCCCACCUGUUUCUAGAAGACGCCCAGAUGCCUGCUGCUGAAAGGCUGGCUGUAGCACCUCACCUGCUCUGCCUGAUGAGCCCCAUCAUUUCACCCUCUCACUGUUUUCUGGGCUGGGGCUGCCUCUGGGCAGCAUGCUUUCAAGGACAGAAAAGGCCCCACUCUUGCCUCACUGGCUGCCAUGCCCCCCUGAGCCCCGACUCCUGGACUCCGGAGGACUGAGCCCCCACCGGAACUGGGCCCCGACUUGCACCUGGUGUGCGGGGUUAGACGGAGCGAGAUGGAGUAAAACGUUCUGAGCACAA